AUGACUGUAGAAACGGACUUGGUCACUCUUUCUCGCCAUGUCAUUCAUGAGCAAUCUCAUCACAAGGAGGCCAGUGGCGAUCUUACCCUGCUGCUAAUGAGCAUCCAGGUUGCAACAAAAGUGAUUUCAACUAAUGUGAGAAAGGCCGGAAUAGUCAAUUUGUACCGGCAAUAUGCUAAUGCACUAGAACCGGAAUUGCUGCAGGAAAGAAAGAAAACAUUCAAGCUCGACAUCAUAUCGAACGAAGUCUUUAUUAAUUGUAUCUCUUCCUCUGGGAAAGUAAGCAUAAUGGUUUCCGAGGAAAACCAAGACGCAAUUAUUGUAUCUUCAUCAGGCACGGCAAAAUAUGCCGUUGUAUUUGAUCCUUUGGAUGGCUCUUCAAACAUUGAUGCCGGUGUUUCAAUCGGAUCGAUUUUUGGAAUAUAUCGAUUAGGGUCAACAAAUUCUCACUCAAUUUCUGAAGUGCUACGUACAGGCUCAGAGAUGAUUGCCGCUGGAUAUGCAAUGUAUGGCAGCUAUACAUCUCUGGUCAUUACAAUUGGAGGUGUGGGCGGAAAUGUUCAUGGAUAUACACUGGACAAUUCCAUUGGAGAGUAUAUCCUUACACAUCCAAACAUUAAAAUUCCUCCAAAGGGAAGCAUAUAUUCGGUAAAUGAAGGAAACAGUGCAUUUUGGGACGCCUCGACCAAAAGAUAUUUUGAAAAAUUGAAGACGCUCGAUAAGCCAUACUCUUCCAGAUACGUCGGAAGUAUGGUUGCUGACGUUCACAGAACCCUUUUAUAUGGCGGGAUUUUUGCAUAUCCUGCUGAUUCCAAAAGCAAAAGCGGAAAGCUCAGACUAUUGUAUGAAUGCUUUCCGAUGGCAAUGAUCUGUGAAAAUGCUGGAGGUCGCGCCACAACGGGAAAGAAAAGAAUUUUGGAUAUUAUCCCGACAUCUCUGCACGCAAGAGCCCCAAUAGUCCUGGGAUCUAUCGAAGAUGUCUUAGAAUAUGAAUAUGAAUUGCAAAAUGGCCAAUAA